AUGCGUUGGCUCCUGGCAUGCUUGCUGGCCCUAGUUCCAGCCCAAGAGACAGGAGUCGAGCCCGACGGAGCGGUCCAGCUGCAGCUUCACCGAGUCCGUGAUGACUACGUGGACCUGCUCAUUGUCGUGCCGAGUGAGGCGAAGGAGGUCCAAGAGCGCAGAUUGAUCAGAGACAGCUGGGGCAAGUACCUGGCCGAUGGACACUGCAAGGUGUGCGGCUCCAAUCGCCGUGUGAAGCUGCUCUUCGGCCUCGGGGCACGAACCAACCAGUCCCUGCAGGAGGAGAAGGAUUGGGCAGAUGUGGCAGUGCUGUCACUGGACUCGAAGCUUGACUCCCCGAACCAGCAGGCCAUGAAGACCCGAAUCCUGAUCGCACACGCAGUGGAGAAGUAUGACUUUGGGCUGUUGCUGAAGGUGGACCCUCACUCCUUCGUCUUCCUGGAUCGCUUACUGUCUUUGGCGGAGGGCAAGAAGCUCUUCCCCUCGGACGAGACACCUGAUAUCUAUGGCGGGUAUUUCGCCUAUCAGGACAAACAAGUCAAGAAGAUGGAGGGAAAAUUGAAGGAUCUGGACUAUCGAAAAUUGACUGGCCAUAAUCGAUUCCCGAAGUAUGCAAAAGGCGCUGGGUAUUUGCUUAGCCGAAGACUUUGCAGACACAUUGCCAAUUUUCCAGAAGAUAACAAGUUUGAUUGGGCUCCCAUGCCAGCUCUACGCAGCUUGUCCAACGAGGACGUGUCAGUCGGCUUCUGGUUGCAGCCCGUUUCACACUGGAACGUGCAGUUGCCUGUGGCGACAGCUGCGGUCGGCUGUAAGGAGAAGGAGAAGAUCAUCGACCACCCGGUGCCGCCGGAGGAGAUGACACGGCGCGGCCAGGCGCUGGCCGCUACAGGAGAUCCCUGCGCCGCUGCGUGA